UUUCUGGAGUCACCCACAGAGGCUGCGUCCGCCCCAAGCCAGGAUGAUCCUGACCCUGCUGCUCAGUGUCGGGGGACCCCUGGGCUGGGGGCUGCUGGGGGCCUGGGCCCAGGUCCCCAGCACCAGGUUCUCCGAUCCACACAGCCCCAGGCCACCUGGGGUCUGGACGGCAGAGGCUGAGGACAGGGACCCCGUCAGACGUAACUGGUGUCCCUACCAGAAGUCCAGGCUGGUCACCUUCGUAGCUGCUUGCAAAACAGAGAAAUUCCUCGUCCACUCACAGCAGCCAUGUCCACACGGGGCUCCGGACUGCCAGAAAGUGAAAGUCAUGUACCGUGUGGCCCACAAGCCGGUGUACCAGGUCAAGCAGAAGGUGCUGGCCUCCGUGGCGUGGAGGUGCUGCCCGGGCUUUGUGGGACCCGACUGCCAGCACCACGAUCCCAGGGCGAUCCCUGAGCCUGAAGAUCCAGGUGAUAGCCUCCAGGAGCCUUGGGAUGGGCCAGUUGACUUUGAACCUGGCCACCGGGAUGCAGAGAUCAGCAACAUGGUGGAGCAGCAGGAACGCCGGCUGGGAGAUGUCCAGAAUGACAUUCACCAGGUGGCAGACAGCCUUCCAGGCCUAUGGAAGGCCCUGGCAAGCAACCUCACAGUGGCAAUAACUGAGGCAAAUCAGACAGAGCUUGAGUUUCCCGGCAGAUCCUUGGAGCAAGUGCUACUGCCCCACAUCAACACCUUCCUGCAAGGACAUCUUAGCCCCAUGUGGAGAAGCUUCAACCAAAGCCUGAACAGCCUCUCCCAGGCCAUAAGAAACUUAUCUCUUGAUGUGGAGGCCAACCGACAGGCCCUCCAGAGGGUCCAGGAGAGCUCUGUGGCCAGAGCUGACUUCCAGGAUCUUGGUGCCAAAUUUGAGACCAAGGUCCAGGAGAACGCCCAGAGGGUGGGCCAGCUACGGCAGGAUGUGGAGGGCCAUCUGCAUGCCCAGCACCUGUCCCUGCACCAGUCCCUCUUGGAGGUCCAGGCCGAUGUGGACACCAAGCUGAAGAAGCUCCUUAAGGCCCAGGAGUCCCCGGGGGUCAACGGCAGCCUGGUCCUGGUGGCAGCAGGGGCAGCAGCGAGGCCGGAACCAGAGAGCCUGCAGGCCAGGCUGGGUCAGCUGCAGAGGAACCUCUCUGCACUGCAUGUGGCCACCGCCCACAGGGAAGAGGAGUUACAGAGCACCCUCGCAGACAUGAAGGCCACCCUGGCCCAGCACGUGGAUGAGAUAAAGGAGCUGUAUUUGGAAUCCGAUGACACCUACGAACAGAUCAGCAAGGUAGAGCGGCAGGUGCAGGAGCUUCAAGUGAACCACACUGCGCUGCGCGAGCUGCGGGUGAUCCUGAUGGAGAAGUCACUGAUCAUGGAGGAGAACAAGGAGGACAUGGAGCGGCAGCUCCUGGAGCUCAACCUCACCCUCCAGCACCUGCAGGGCGCCCACGCGGACCUCAUCAAGUACGUCAAGGACUGCAACUGCCAGAAACUCUACUUUGACCUGGAUGUCAUCCGGGAGGGCCAGCGGGACACCACGCGUGCCCUGGAAGAGACCCAGGUGAGCCUGGACGAGCGGCGCCAGCGGGACGGCUCCUCCCUGCAGGCCCUGAGCAGCACGGUGGCCGCCCUGUCGCUGGCGGUGGAUGCGCACCGGGCGGAGGCCGAGCGGGCGCGGGCCGACGCGGCGCGGCUCCGGAGCCAGUUGCGCACGCUGGGCGGCGAGGUGAGCGCGCUGCGGGCCGCUGAGGCCGAGAUGCGACGCGAGAUCCGCCGGCUGCACGGCUCCUUCGCGGCCCUGCUGGAGGACGCGCUGCGGCACGAGGCCGUGCUGGCCGCCCUCUUUGGGGAAGAGGUGAUGGAAGAUAUGUCCGAGGAGGCGCCUGACCCGCUGCCCCUGCGCUACGAGCAGAUCCGCACCGCCCUGCUGGACGCGGCCAGCGGGCUGCAGGAGCAGGCCCUUGGCUGGGACGCGCUGGCUGCCCGGGUGACAGCCCUGGAACGGGCCUCGGGGACCAGCGGGCAGGCCGAGCGCCUGGAGCCCAAUCGGGACGCGUCGCCAGCGGCGGCCGGCGGGCCGGAUCUGGCUGGGCUAGCGCGGGAGCUCCAGAGCCUGAGCUCCCACAUGGAGCGCGUGGGCCGGUGCUGCGAGGCUUCCUGGGCCUCCUCCUUCAACAGCUCCCUCGAGGGCCUUCGCGAGGAGCUCUCCACCACCGAGCGUGGCUUGCAGCAGCACCAGCGCCUCUUCCACAGCCUCUUUGGGAACUUUCAAGAGCUCUUGGUAGCCAACGUCAGCCUGGACUUGGGGAAGCUGCAGGCCAUGCUGAUCAGGAAAGGGAAGAAGCAGCAGAAAGGUCUGGAAGCUCCCAGGAGGAGGGACCGGAAGCAAGUGGAGUCUUUGGAGGAUGCGCAUGUCAAAGGGCCGGUGCUCUGGGACACAGGCUCCCCUGUGGCCUUCUACGCCAGCUUUUCAGAAGGGACAGAUGCUCUGCAGACAGUGAAGUUCAACACUACUUACAUCAACAUCGGCAACAGCUACUUCCCUGAACAUGGCUAUUUUCGAGCCUCUGAGCGUGGGGUCUAUCUAUUUGCAGUGAGCAUUGAAUUCGGCCCAGGGCCAGGCACCGGGCAGCUGGUGUUUGGAGGUCACCGUCGGACCCCUGUCUAUACCACCGAGGAGCAGAGGGGUGGGAGCCCAGCAACGACCUUUGCCAUGGCUGAGCUGCAGAAGGGUGAGAGAGUAUGGUUUGAGCUAACCCAGGGAUCAAUAAUGAAGAGAAGCCCUCCAGGCACUGCAUUCGGGGGCUUCCUGAUAUUCAAGACUUGAGUACCAGGCACAGCUCUGACCAGACACUGUGGACUUAUCCAGCUCACCUUGGCCUGGGGCUCAGGCCAGGGUUGGUCUGGAGACCAUCCAAUUGGUCUAGCUCUUCCUUGGAAACCUUCUGCAAAGACAACGUGGUAUUUGUGGCCUCCCUCUAGACGCACUGGGUC